CCUGUAAAGUGACGUAGACAUCCGGAAGUUACCCGUUGUUUUGCAAUUAUGUUUUCAAUGAAAAUAUAUGCUAGUUGAGGUUGAUAUCUUUUAUUGAAUGAUUUAAUAAUAUAUUAGCUAGGGUUGAGCGUGCUGCAUGUUGACUGAAGAAAGGACAUGACGGUUUGAUUGGUCACGUACUCAUUUUGAGUGGGACAUGUUUUCAAAGAGGACAUAGGUGGGCUAUGUCUGUCCUCAGCUAUGACGCAUCUGUGGAAUUGUGAGCAAGCGGUUCGAAGGGGCAAUGAUUGGAAGCCAAUUAUCAAUAUCUGUCAGCAAUUGAAGCUGUAAGGUGGAUAACUUCCAAACAGUAAUAGCUAUGUUUAGUCACUAUUGUGAAAACGUGUGGACAAUGUUUUAUCUAUAAUUUUAGACUUUUUCAAAUCUAUUUUUUAAAUUACGUGUUAGCGAUAUUAUCAUCAUAGUUAUGGCUGCAUUGAGUGCCAGAAGCUUCCUCUUAAACCUAAGGUACACCGUCCAUAGAGUUGGAAGUUCUGUAAGAGUCCAACUCAUACCUAGCACUAGAACAUGUCUUGUCAAACGAGGCCAGAUUUUAACCCAGAUGCCAAAAGUCACCCUGCUGUGCUGGGGAGCAGUGAAUGCCACAUCCUGUAUGGCAAGAUGCCAAGAGGCCUUCCUGGCACCCCAGACUACAGACAGGAAGUCUAUAGCCAAAGUCCAGGUGCACAAGCUGGUGUUCUUCUUGCGCCUCAGCCUGCGCGCCCUGGUGUUACUCCUGAAGUUCGGCCCGAUCCUGUUGCUCUAUCCUCUGACUGUCAUCUCCUCUUACUGGGCCUCUCGCUGGCUGGAUGCCCUGCUGUGGGUCACUGAGACCUCUGGUCCUACCUUCAUUAAGCUGGGCCAGUGGGCCAGCACACGCAGGGACAUCUUCUCCCAGGACUUCUGCGAAUGUUUUUCCAGGCUGCACGUGCGUGUGCGUCCCCACUGCUGGGCCCACACCAAGCAGUGUCUGCGCCGAGCAUUCGGGGAGGGCUGGAGGAGGCUGUUUGUGUUUGAGGGCAGGGAGCCUGUGGGUUCAGGAUGCGUGGCUCAGGUGUACCGGGGAUGGGCCAGGGUGGACAGCGUGGAGGACACAGCCUUCCAGGCCCUAGUGGAGGAGAUGGAGAGAGAGGAUAUGCUGGAGGCCUGGGAGAUCCUGGGACUAAAGGGUGUCCUGGGGACUUUUAGGGGGCUGUGGAAGGGGAAAGAGGAUGAGGAGGACGAGGGCCAUCAUGAAACCAGGGAGAGGAGCUACACAGACGCUAAUGAGGACGGUACAGAGAAAGAGCAUCUGAUUCCUGUAGCUAUUAAGGUGCUUCAUCCAGGGAUCAGGAGACAGGUAGAGAUUGACAUGCUACUGAUGAGGGCAGGCAGCUGGCUCAUCAACUGUCUGCCUGGAUUCAAAUGGCUCAGCCUGCCUGAGAUAGUGGAGGAGUUUGAGGUGCUCAUGACCAAACAGAUUGACCUGCGGUUUGAAGCCAAUAACAUCGAAAAAUUCCGGGAGAAUUUCAAGGAUGUUGAUUUUGUCAAGUUCCCAACUCCUCUUCGACCAUUUGUCACCAGGUCAAUUUUAGUGGAAACCUUUGAGGAGAGUGAGCCCAUCUCCAACUACCUGAGACCGGAGGUCCCUCUAAAGGUGAAACAGAGAAUUGCCAGGAUGGGAGUGGAGACACUUCUCAAGAUGGUGUUUGUGGAUAACUUUGUGCAUGCGGACCUGCACCCGGGUAACAUCCUGGUCCAAUGUAGCAGGGGUGGAGGGGACAACGACCCCCAGGAAAGGGUCACCCUGACGGACCUGUGCGACACAGUGGUGGUGAGCAUGAGGCCGGCCCCGGCCCCUCUGCAGCUGGUGCUUCUGGACGCUGGCAUCGUGGCACAGCUCAACGACAGAGACCGUAGGAACUUCAGAGCCGUGUUCACCGCUGUGGUGCUACGACAGGGGGAACAGGUGGCAGAGCUGAUCCUGAACCAUGCCAGGACCAAUGAGUGCCAGGACGUGUCACGGUUCAAGAAGGAGAUGGCAGAGCUGGUGGACCAUGCCCUCAGCAACACUCUCUCACUGGGGAAGGUCCAAGUAACUGAUUUGCUAUCCAGAGUCUUUGGAUUGCUCAUCACCCACAAGGUGAAGUUGGAGAGUAACUUUGCGUCCAUUGUGUUUGCCAUCAUGGUGCUGGAGGGGCUGGGGAGGUCUCUGGACCCGAACCUGGACAUACUGGAGCUGGCCAAGCCUCUGCUGCUCAAGAACGCUGCCUCCCUCCUCUGACCCCUCUCACCCGCAUACCACCACAUCUGAGCAACACAGAAAUAGGCAGUGUUUGAGAGCAUCACCGACUGAGCAGGCUGACAUACAGUGGGGCAAAAAAAGUAUUUAGUCAGCCACCAAUUGUGCAAGUUCUCCCACUUAAAAAGAUGAGGCCUGUAAUUUUCAUCAUAGGUACACUUC